GACUUGACAAAUGGGGAUCAGGGAUGGGGGGGUAGGAAAAGGCAGGGGCGUAGGACAGCAGAACCGUGAGGGAGCCCCUCUCUCCUCGCUGUCCCAGCAAAUCCACCUCUAGCACCUCACACCCCUAUGCUCUGGAGUCUUCCUUUCUUUCCCAAUCUAAACCUGCUUGACAUCACAUCCCCACUGGGACUCACGGUCUGAGGUCUCUCGCCCUGAUCUGUGCACAUCUGCCCUACUCGGGAGCUCCCAGAGUGGGCUGCUCAGAGCAGGGACAUCCCUGGUCCGUUCACUUUCUGCUGUUGGAUUUGAGGUGUCACUGUAGCAUGUCCCGACGUCUGGCCUUUUCUUGACCCAUGGCUGUUGAUCACAGGCCAGUGUCUGUACCUCUCUGGGCUGUUAUUUGUCCUAUUGAAAUGAGCUGUUUUCCUGACCUCCACCUGUGGGGCUCUGUGGGGCGGAAAAGAGAUACGUGCAGUCUCAUUCCUCCAGCAGCUUGGACUUUGUCCUUCCUUGUUUUGUCUUCAGCUCUCAAGGUUUAUCAGCUGACUCUAACGUCUAUUUUGGGUCAAAGCUGAGGAGUGUUUAAACUUUGUCGUGCCAGAAUGUAAGAACCAGUGUCUUGUGUGUGCUGCUCUUCCACUGAGUCACAGCACAAAAGGACCGUUUUCUUUUUUAUUAGGGACCACUCUGGCCUCUCACACAGACCUAAGCUUCUGGAAGGGGCUGCAACUCAACACCCUCUAUCCACAGUGCCCCUUGCUCCAUGCUGCACUGGCUCCCUGUUGCGAGAACCACACCUUGCGUUGGAUGGAUGUCACCUAUCCAGAACAAUGAGGAAGGAAUGCAGAUGGUGACUGAGAUGGGCAAGGUCUUCCGAGAUGUCCAACUCUGUUGGCUGGGACCCAUCAUCCCUGUGCUAAAGCUUGUUGACCCCGCAUUCAUUGCUCCCCUGCUCCAUGCCCCAGCUUUGGUGGCCCCAAAGGACAUGACUUUCUAUGGCUUCCUAAAGCCCUGGCUGGGGGAUGGGCUCUUCCUGAGUUCAGGUGACAAGUGGAGCCGCCAUCGCCGCCUGCUGAUGCCCGCCUUCCACUUUGACAUCCUGAAGUCCUAUGUGAAGAAUUUUAAUAAGAGCGUGAACAUCAUGCACGUCAAGUGGAAGCGUCUUGCCACAGAAGGCAGCGCCAGUCUGGAAAUGUUUGAGAACAUCAGCCUCAUGACGUUGGACAGUCUGCAGAAAUGCCUCUUUGGCUUUGACAGCCACUGUCAAGAGUCUCCUAGUGAAUACAUUGCUGCCAUUUUGGAGCUCAGUUCCUUGGUAGCAAAAAAGUACCAGCAGCUCUUCCUGUAUGUGGACUUCCUGUACUACCUCACUGCUGACGGGCGGCGCUUCCGCAAGGCCUGUGACCUGGUGCAUGACUUCACAGAUGCUGUCAUCAGGGAGAGACGCCGCACCCUCUCCAGCCAAAGUGUUGACGAGUUCCUGAAAUCCAGGACUAAAUCCAAGACUUUGGACUUCAUUGAUGUGCUCCUGCUGGCCAAGGAUGAACACGGAAAGGAGCUGUCUGACGAGGACAUCCGGGCAGAGGCAGACACUUUCAUGUUUGGAGGCCACGACACCACAGCCAGUGCUCUCUCCUGGACCCUGUACAACCUGGCAAGGCAUCCGGAAUACCAAGAGCGCUGCCGGCAGGAGGUGCAGGAGCUGCUGAGGGGCCGUGAUCCUGAGGAGAUUGAAUGGGACGACCUGGCCCAGCUGCCCUUUCUGACCAUGUGCAUCAAGGAGAGUCUGCGGCUGCAUCCUCCGGGUACAGACCUGGUCCGGGGCUGCAUCCAGGACAUUGUGUUGCCGGAUGGUCGAGUCAUCCCCAAAGGCAGCGCAUGCGUCAUCAGCAUUUUCGGAGUUCAUCACAAUCCUUCAGUCUGGCCAGACCCGGAGGAACUGCAUAGGACAGACUUUCGCCAUGAGCGAGAUGAAGGUGGCGCUGGCGCUCACACUGCUGCGCUUCCGCCUCCGGCCCGACGACAAGGAGCCGCGCAGGCAGGCGGAGCUGAUCCUGCGCGCGGAGGGCGGGCUGUGGCUGCGGGUGGAGCCGCUAAGCACGGGCGCGAAGUGACCCCACACCCGUUCUGGAAACUCUUCACCCACCUGCCUACGUCUGUGGAUCCCAGAAUAAACAAUCUCAUCGAGUGCCAGCAGGGAGUCUAGAGGAAAACACAGAUCCUGGUGGUGUCCUGGGGAGAGGCUGGGUUGGUGUAUUUGAUCCAAACCCUCUCUGCCUUUGUUCACCUUUGGCGUUCUAGGCUGAUGAGAGUUCUUCUCAAGCUCAAGCAUGGGGUUUUAUUAAAAAUAAUUUUCUGUUUACUCUU